ACCUAGUGGACACAGCCGGGACGCGCACCACAACCGACACUUUCACCGAUCUGACCAAGGACUACACCCUGGCAGUGUUCUAUGACGACUCGCGCCAUGGCUGAAGCCCAUGACGUGAUUGCCAAUUCAGCUUACACCUGUACCGAGGAUGGCACUGAGAUUUAUGACAUAAACGGAUUUCGCAUCACCCAGGCAGCCGAUGGCCUGGUGAAGGUCACUCGUGUGGACAACAAGUGCUUGAUUCGCACCAGUCCCGGCAAUGGAUCGGCCACUUUGACCACACCUGGCAUCCAUUGCACUGCCUCUCUGGGCAAGACCUCGCAUCUGUUUGUUCGUCGCAAUGAGAAGCGCAUGCACUUCGAUGGAUCCUGUUUCAUUGUACGCAACGCCGGACACUCCGCCGGCUUCAAUGAGAACAACCUGCUCAUUGUCUACUGAGCGGCGUUCGUAGUCCGGAGAUAGAAACGGUGCAGUGGUAGCCCAUCCCACACGCACACACUCACACAUGUCAACACAUUUCACCUGGAACACAUACAUAGACACCUACAGCAGCACACUUG